AUGUCAUUAGUGAGGCAUAUAGAAGAAGAAAUGUCUAGACGGAGUUCAGAAAUAUUAAGUUGCUUGGCAGCUAUUGCAAGAGCGCAUAAAUUAAGGAGUUUAUAUGACCCAAAAAGUAAUAUAGUGCAAGCAGUGGUCUACGGAAUUAGAAGGGUUGUUAACAGAGAUGUAGAGGCAAAGUGA